AUGUCAGUCAGCCCUGGUCAGGGAGCUAAUGGGGCUAGGUCAAUCCAGUCUCCAGAGAGACCAACUCUGGUACCCUUUGGGAAUGGGGUUGUCCAGGAUGUGGGUGCCCAGUUUUAUAAACCUGGUUACAAUGGUCUCUCGGCCCAGUAUCUCUUUCCUUUCCCAGCCCUGAAAGGGGAGUAUGGGGGCCACUCUGAGUCUCCCCUUGGGGACUGUGCAGCAGUCUCUCACUCUGGUUACUGGUAUCCCUUCCCUAGUACUGAGCCAGUACCAACCCAUGGAACUGGGCACCAUUCCCAACUGGCAGCAGCUGGAGGAUACAUCAACCGGCCGGAGGUUAAAACCGAGAAGGAGAGCAGAGGUUACCCCCAGGAGGCGAGGUACAGUUCACCCAGCGCCCCGGGUCCUUCCUACCCUCCCCGAUGGGGUGGCCCAUUCUGGCAGCCGGCCCUGGCCGCCCCCAGCAGCAGCAACUCGGGCUCCGGCUCCUCGUCGACGUCGUCCACCUCCUCAGGGCCGCUUCCCAGUCAGAGCUAUGGGCCCUUCCCUUCACCCCCACAAAUAUACCCCAGUCCCUCCCAGCACAGCGACAGCAGCCAGCCUGUCCAGUCCAACACUGGCUCCACUGAGACAACGAGCGAGGAAGGUCAAUCCAGCGACAGCGAGGAGGAGUACCCCACCAAAGAGAAAAUGGAACAGUUUGCCAAAGAAUUGAAGCAUAAGAGGAUUACACUUGGCUUCACACAGGCUGAUGUUGGAUUAGCUUUGGGAAAUCUCUAUGGGAAGAUGUUCAGCCAGACCACCAUCUGCAGGUUUGAAGCACUCCAGUUGAGUUUCAAAAACAUGUGCAAGUUGAAGCCAAUCCUUCAGCGUUGGCUGAAUGACGCAGAGAAUAAUGGCGGCCUGCAGGAGAUUUGUAACAUGGAGCAGGUUCUGGAUCAGUCAAGGAAACGGAAGAGAAGAACCAGUAUUGAGAAUGGUGUGAAGAGAAACUUGGAGACCUACUUCAUGAAGUGUCCUAAGCCCACCAGUGAGGAGAUCUCCCAGAUCGCUGAAGAUCUCUGCUUAGACAAAGAGGUGAUCAGAGUUUGGUUUUGCAAUAGACGACAGAAAGGGAAGAGGAUGACUCUACCAUGUAUGGAAGAGAAUGAUGUACAGAUUCCUGAGGGGAGUCCACUCCACCUGUCUCCCGGUGCUCUGAUGUUACCUGAGCCCACAGUAACCCAAGGAUACAGUGCAGCUAUGGUGCCACCUCCCAUGUAUAUGACCCCCUUCCCUCAAGCUCUCCACCCGGCCGUCUCCAUGGGCAACCACACCAGUUAG